AUGGUUGUCGGUGUUAUCUGUUCACCUGAAUUGAUCUAUCGUCGAAUGGUUGUUGACACGACUGAUGAAACUAAUUGGUGUGUGUUCACAUUGAAUGCUGAUCAACCGAAUAUCUCGGGUUUGUAUUCAGCAUCAAGCAUUUGCUUGUUCUUAAUUCCAUUCAACUUAGUGUGUAGUAUUAUGAUUAUCAUUGUUAUAGGUCAAAUGAUACAAAAAACUGUUGUGAAAGUGGACAGUAUCGGGCAAGCGUCCUCUAUUAAUCUUUCUCUUACUCCGAUGAAUACGAAUUUUAUGUCAAAACUGGCAGAAAACGGUAUCAUAGUACAGAUUGCUAAACACAAGCAUUUAUUGGUGGCUCCAAUUCUUUUAGCUAUAUUUGCUGUACCUCGAUUAGUAUUUGCUUUUGUAUUCGUAUGCAGUAAACUCGAUCGAUUUCCAUUUCUUACUUUACCAAGUUACCUGAUUGGGUUUUUACCGUCAAUGUCUCUAUUUUUUGCAUUAAUCUCGCCAUCUAAAGUUUAUCGAGACGCUUGUCUUACUUUUAUAAAGUUAUUCAUACAUGGAUGUGUUCGAAAUUGA